UGCAGAGAGGGCUGUAAGAUGCGCCAAACAGGCUCCCAGAUGUUGUCGCUUUGGGCUCUUGCAUUGGUUUGGCUUGUUUGGGGCUCCCCUACAUUUUGUGGGUCUACCCCGGGGCCAGAUGCAUCUGCUAAAAACGCCUGCUACCGAAAAACUUGUGGGAACAUAAAUUAUGACAUCCGUGAGGCUGUGUGCUGUGAGAAUCGCCUUCAUUCAGGGGCAGGGCUUUCGUGCUGUGGAGGGGAGCCUUUCAACCCUGCAAAAGCCACUUGUUGUACAGAAAGAGAUGGACACCCCAAGCCGAAAACAGCUCUUACUCUGGGUUUGAGCCAAAAAGUUUCAGAUUGCUGUGGCCUGAACGCCUUCAACCCUCUCAAUGAAAUAUGCUGUGAAUCAACCGUUGUACCCAAACCUGUGCCUAAGGCUGAGUGUUGUGGUAAAGAGGCUAUUGACGUGGACAAGCAGAUGUGUUGUGGUAAAAACAGGACGAUCCUGACUAGGAAAUCCAUUCAUCACCAGUGCUGUGGAAGUCAACAGUUCAACACUACGAGUCAUUGCUGCUCUCCGAUAAAUGGAAGCCUCCAAAUACUAGAAAAAAGCAACUCCAGUGGCUUUGCAAACAAGUCAGACCCUGUUGAUGUAAACAAGCAGAUGCGUUGUAGUCCAUCUGAAAACCCAACGAUCCUGUGUUGUGGACUGAAGCAGUACAACACUAAGACUCAUUGUUGCUGUGUGAUGAAUGAUACACUUAUGAUACAUCCUUGGGCCUCCAGUUGCUGCAAAAAUGAUUCAGGUGUGCAGAAACAGCAACCAGAACCUCAAUCCAACUGCACCGAACUACAAACAAGUCUCUGUGGGUCAUCAUGUUACAAUCCAAAUGAAUUUCGCUGCUGUGAGAGAAACCAGACCAAGUCUAAGUGGUGCUGCGGCCCAGAUCGAUGUGAUGCUGCUCCCACUGUGUAUAACCCACAUACCCAGGUCUGCUGUGACGGCUGUGUGUCAGAGAGGAAACCUUGGAUGGAUCAAUGUUGCGGAGAGACACCCUAUGGUUUGGCGGAACGUGGAGUUCUCUGUUGUAAUAACACCUUGUACAAGGACAGAGAAGAUGGAGAGGAAUGUUCAGAGAUCAGUGUUCCUUACAACCCAACUAAAUGGACUACAUGUUGUUCUCAGUUUCAUGCUACACCCGGACAACACUGUUGCGGGACAGAAGUCUAUCGACCUCACAUUGAAAUGUGCUGCGACGGACACAGACAUCCCAAAGAAAACAUGCAAUGUUGUGGAGUGAAAGCAUACAACAUAAGCAACCACCAGAUGAAGUGCUGCGCAGGGACAUUGUACAACCUGACAUCGUUAGGCACUGACAUACAUACGGCGCGGUGCUGUGGAUCCCUUCUGCAAAAAGCACAGGAUGUUUGCUGCUCACAUGAGGACAAGGAGUUGCUCUACUCUGCCAAGACAAGAUUCAGAUGCUGUGGUCACCUCUACUACAACACCUCUCUGUGGUCAUGCUGUGCAGAUAAGCUGAGUCCACUACACCAACCAGGACAUCAUCAGAACAAGAUGAUUCUCUCACUGAACAACCUGAAUGAAACAGAUCUUUGUAAAGAAAUGCUCAUCGGGACUGUGGACAGUGUGUCUCUGCACAGCAUCGUGUUCAGGAGUGUGCUGAAAAUCCAUGGAAGAACUAUGAUUCCUCUGCCCUCGCCUCACAUCCUAAAAAAACCUGAUCGUUGCAACUUCCCGAAACUGAUCCAUGGGAAGACCUACUUCUUUAAUGAAGUUAAUGUCUUCACUGAUUUCAACCAUGACUCUAUUCUCCAGUCAUUUCAUUUCAUUACUUCCAAGUGUAGUCAGGUGACCUCCUGUUAAUCUGUUGGUCAGCACUGGUCAGAUCUACUGUUAUCACUCAAUAUUUUUAACUCACCGAAAAAGUAAUGACAACACUUUACUAAUAACUCAUUAGUGGCAGUUACAAGUUACAUUACAUGUUACAUUGCUUUCUGUAACUUCUCCCAUCUCGCUCAAAGGUGCCUUUUAAAAACUCCAAAGCCUCCACGCCCUGUGGUUUCACAUGCAACCAGCCAACGAUUCGGAGGUAUUCACUGACCAUUGAGAGCUGGCUUAAUUGUUUAUUAUGGUGUGGGUGCUUGCAUUGUUAUUGUUAGUUAUUGUUCUUGGUGUGGCAGCCCUGGACAGGGCGAAAUUAAUUUACUCUGGGGACCCUAUGGAAAAAAUAGCUCUGGGCCAGUCUUUACUGCAUCAUUUGGACUUGUUGAAAGAUGUUAUCUCAUUGUGUACGACAGAAGUACAUUUCCACAUCUGUUGGCAGCACUGAUGUUCAUUUUGGCCAACUCAGGAACAACCUAAUUAGCAGCUAAACCGGCAGCGCUUAUUAUUUAAAAUGGUUCGAACAAUAUUUAUUUAGAAAAAUAAGACGUUAGACAUUACUGUUAGAAAAUUAUUAUGUUACAAUUAUUAAAUUAACUAAGAACAUUACACAUAUCAGUAGUUAAACUUAAAUUUUAAUAAACUGUUAGCAAAAAAGUUGCCAACUUACAACACAGUGACAAUACUAUUUGUGUAUUGUUUAUGUAUUAGCAAUUCAUAGUUACUCUGUAGUGAAAAUAAUAACUUUGGCAAUUUACAGUAUUACUUUUGAAUAUUUUUUUUUUUUUUUUUACCACAAACAAAUGUCACCCAGUCAACCUCUAUCCUUCAGGCCCUCUGAUGGUCUAUGGCUGCAGGCAGCACUCUAGAAAUCCUAUCCAUACCCACUCCCUCCAACUCAAAACUCCAAAACCCUAGUGAUUCCUGAAUGUACUCUUACAAGAGACUAACUAGAAGACACAAUGUGUAAAUUAUAACAUUUUUAAGGUGUUUUCCUUCUUCUUUGUUGUAGGCUAGCUGCCAACUUUGACCUUGAGCUUCUGCAUUAAGCUAACAUGUCCCAAACAGUCAGUCCUCAAAUAAGAGACGUAGCAUUACUGGGAUUAUUAACUAUCCAUUACCUGUUACUAAAGGCAGUAACCACUAUAGUAAGACUGCCCAACAUGGUGCAUGACGACAUAUUUAUCUGUAUGCUUUAUAACACACUAUUCAUUACAAAAGAUUUACAGACGCUACAGCGAUAAAAGCUGCAAGGAAUAUGUUAGCCUGAAAGUAGCUGACUUCUUUGCCAUCAUGGCACUACUUAUAUGAUUUUCACAUAAGCUAACCAGCUAUCAGCUAAUAUGUUUGGUUGUUCAGACCAUUUUCAUAACUUUAUUAGUCUAUUUUUUGGUUUACUGAUUGUACCCUUCAAUCUACAUGCCAAAUGCACACAAGUCCUACACUCAUACAAUUGUAUGUUUACAUGUAAAUUGAUGAGCAUUUCUUUAAAAAUAUCAGGGAUACAAGUAUCCCAAAUUGUAAUUAUAAUUUCUGUUUUCCUUAGUUGCAUUUAGGUUGCCAUUUUUCAUGUUAAUAUUAUUUUGUACUGUAAUGAGGUUGUGGACCUGGUGCCUAUAUUGAAUUUGAACUGUACAUUACUCUUGUAAUGGUAGAUUCAGUUUCUUUGUUUCAGCCACUGCAGAUGCCCAACCUCCCCCUUCCUAACACAAGAUGCCAGGUCCUUUUGUGUUUUGUAGAUUGUGAUAUCUGCACUUGGCUUUGCACCUGAAUGCAAGAUCCUGCAGGACACCUCAUAUGUAAAACACACCAGUAGGGGGUCGGCCCCGAUGCCUGCAGUGGGCAGAGGGGUGUGGAAGCACUUCCUGGAGGGCCACACCCCUACAGCAGACAAAGGUGUGUGAAAGAGGUGGUCCUCAGGUAUAAAUGUUUAGAUCUCCCCAUGUUCGGGGUCUUUCUUCAUCUUUGACCGCUCGCGUGUUGAUUGACCUUUUCUUUGCAAAGAAAAUAAACUUGUCGGCCGGCAGAAGUUCUCUAUUUCAUUCUUCACCAGCAGCAGAGAAAUUUCCACAACACUCUGUAAACUUAAUGUUUACUGUAUAUGUGAAAGAUGGGAAUUUAAGCUAUAAAAACAUUUUCAUUUUAACUAAAAAUAUUUGUAACAAUUUUAUACUGCACUUUAUUUGUAAUAUGUGACAGUAUAUUUUUAAAUAAAGUUAUAUCUAAUGAAGAA